AUGGCCUCCCAGCAGCUUAAGCAGUUUUCCAGGGAAGAGGUGGCGAAGCACAACACCCCAGAUGAUCUAUGGGUUAUCAUCGACGCAAAGGUGUACAACAUCUCCAGGUUCAAAGCCAUGCAUCCUGGUGGCUUGUCGGUCCUACUAGACGACGAAAUCGCCGGCCAGGAUGCCACGGAGGCGUUCUUCAGUCUUCAUCGUUAUGAAGUUCUUGAGAAACCUCAGUACCAACGGCUAGUUAUCGGUAUCAUUGAGGGAGAGAAACCUGCCAUCCAUGGUCGGAUUGCUGGAGAACUCAGCAAGGUUCCUUAUGCGGAACCGACAUGGCUUACGGCUGGGUACCAUAGUCCAUACUACACGGAGAACCACAGGCAAUUCCAGAAGGCAGUCCGGAAAUUCUUCGACGAGGUUGUCUACUAUGAUUCUAUUGACCGUGAAGCAGACGGUAAACGUCCGUCGCAGAGUGUUAUCGACCAAAUGGCAGCCUUGAAUAUGCACGCUAUGCGCAUGGGUCCAGGCAAGCAUCUACAAAGUCGAGUUCUAAUGAACGGCCUAGUCACGCCCGAGCAGUUCGAUUACUUCCAUGAGUUGAUCAUCACGCAAGAGUUUGCUCGCUCAAGUUUGCGUGGCUAUGGCGAUGGUCUCCUAGGUGGAAAGGUCAUCGGUCUGCCACCUGUACUCAACUUCGGUAGCGAAGAACUCAGGGCCAGGGUGGUACCCGAGGUGUUGGCAGGAAAGAAGUUCAUCUGCCUGGCUAUUUCUGAAGCCCAUGCCGGAAGUGAUGUUAUGGGCCUCCAAACCACGGCAGUCAAGUCAGAAGACGGCAAGGAGUGGAUAAUCAAUGGUAGCAAGAAGUGGAUCACGAAUGGGACUUUCGCCGACUACUUCACUAUUGGGUGCAAGACGGAGGAUGGCUUCACCGUCAUCUUGGUAGAACGCGGCCCGGGUGUGGAGACCAAGCAAAUCAAGACCAGUUAUUCAACGACAGCUGGAACGGCAUACAUUACCUUUGACAAUGUCCGUGUGCCCGUUGGCAAUACCCUCGGCGAAGAGGGUGGAGGAAUUUUCGUCAUGCUUAGCAACUUCAACCACGAGCGAUGGGUCAUGUGCUGUGCUUCUGCAAGAAGUCAACGGUCUAUCAUCGAAGAAUGCUUGAAAUGGACUACCCAACGUAAGGUCUUCGGAAAGCCACUACACUCGCAGGCUGUGAUUCGCGCUAAGCUCGCAGGCAUGAUGUCGCGUGCUGAGAGCGUACAAAGCUGGCUGGAGAACAUCACGUACCAAAUGUGCAACAUGUCUUAUAAGCAGCAAGCUGGCAAGUUGGCUGGACCAAUUGCACUGUUGAAGAGCUAUUCCACCUCGUGCGGACAGGACACUGCCCGAGACGCCGUCCAGGUUUUUGGCGGUCGUGGCAUUACCCAAUCUGGAAUGGGCAAAUUUAUUGAACAUUACCACCGCACUAUUCCCUUCGACUCUCUGUUGGGCGGUGCUGAAGACGUCCUUGCCGAUCUUGGAGUACGACAGGCGCUGAGAGGCAUGCCCAAGGACGCAAGGCUCUAG